AUGGCGCCUAAGAAAACAAAGUCAAAAGACAAGAAAGGCCUGGCCAAGGAACAAAGCAUUUCUUGCCAAUUUGUCAGCGAGAGGGAGCAGUACCUGCAGAAGGAAUAUGCCAUCCUGACAGAGCAUGUUAAUACAUACACGGAGCGUGUGGAGCACUUUCAGUCAGAAAAUGAGUUCCUGGACAAGGAGGCGCAGCAAAUCCGAGAGAACAGCAAAGCUUACCUUGCCUAUUUAGCCAAGCGCACCCUGAAAUGCCAAAAUGCCAUCAUAACACUGAAUGAUCAGAACCGUUCAGACCUGGCACAUGUUCUAAAGCAAAAGGAAGAGCUGACCUCACAGUACACAGACAAGGAGAAAGAAAUGAGGAGCCAGCUGAUAGAAAUGGAGACCAAGUACUCGCUCAUGAACAAAGAAGUUGAAGAGUUGAAGCCCUUCAAAGAACUGCAGUCUGAACAGCUGACCCGGAUCAGAGAGUUGGAGAAGGAGCUGUUGGCUAUGAAAAUUCAGCAUUCGGAGCAAAUGCAUAAGGUCAAGAGUCAGUUCCUGCAGCAGAAAGCAGAGUAUGAAAUCAAGUCUCAGCAGGAAGUCCAAGCUCUGGCCAAGAGGGCUGAGAAGGAAGCAGUGCGCAGUCUAAUCCAGCACACCAAGCAAGUAAAAGCUGAAAACGUGCGCCUGCGCAAUGAACUUUUGAACCUUAUCAAACGAGCCCAAGGUCUGAAAGGCAUUGUGCAACAGCUCAGAGAGCAAAAGGAACAGCUUCUCCGGGAGCUCCAGUAUGGUCAAGACCUGGCACACCUGCGUCACUGGCUAACACAGCAAGGGGCUCCGAGGUGCAUCUCCUCGCACAGCAGCUUAAGAACUAGGAAUAGAUCAAGCUCCACACAAGCCACUCCUACUCAAGUGACCAUCAGCAAUGACCCAAAAUCUCCCAUAAGUGUCCAACUGGCAGCAGAUAACUUCCUAGCAUCUCAGAUUCCAGCAUCAAGUCGUACAGAAAACAGUAUGCUCCAUUAG